AUUCCUCGAAAAUUUGCCGAUCACGGGACACGAAAUCUCCAUAAGUCUGGGCUAAACCCAUUGGACUUUGGACGAGCACAAUGCACGUGGAUACGCGAGUGAAUCCAUCUCUUCUCCGACGCCCGUCCUCCACCCCCGAGAAUUCCAACACCGUGCUCGCGUCCGACUACCUCGAACAGACUUCACCCUGAACCAUUUGCCGGCGCGCGUAACAUGGUCACAGGCGGUUCGUGUUGGAAUGGAAGUCAGUGAGCCAUCGGACGAGGACGUGGACCGAUCGAUAGGCAGGCUCACCACGACUUCCGGCAUCGACCGCCUCUCGCAGUCGCUCAACUCGAGCGUCCACGACGCGUUUCCCGUUUCUGGGGACAUUUAUCAACCGAUCAACGUCGUUUGGACGGGUAUCAAGGGCGUGGUGAUCAUCGGUAUCAUCGUUACCGCGCUUAUAGGGAACGCUUUGGUGAUCGCGAGCGUGAGAAGGCACCGGAAGCUACGCGUGCCGACCAAUCGUUACGUGGUGAGCCUGGCGGCCGCCGAUUUCCUCGUCGCGGUCUGCGCCAUGUCCUUCAACGCUUCUGUCGAGCUGAGCGGUCGAUGGAUGUUCGGCAGGAUCAUGUGCGACGUGUGGUGCUCGUUGGACGUGUACUUCUCCACAGCCUCGAUCCUGCAUCUGUGCUGCAUCAGCGUGGACAGAUAUUACGCGAUCGUCAGGCCGUUGGAGUAUCCAGCGAUCAUGAAGAGGCUCACUGUCACCUGUAUGCUGGCCAGCGCGUGGCUGCUCCCAGCUUUCAUCAGUUUCAUUCCCAUUUUCAUGGGGUGGUACGCCACGGACGAGCAUCUGAAACAGUUGGACAAUGAUUCUCAGAUAUGCACGUUCGAGGUGAACCCACCGUACGCUGUGAUUAGUUCCUCGGUCUCCUUCUGGAUCCCCGGUCUCGUGAUGAUUGUCAUGUACUGCAAGAUCUACAAGGAGGCUGUUCGACAAAAAGAGGCGCUUAGCCGUGCCUCGAGCAAUACCGUCCUAAAUAGUGUUCACUUGCAUCGGGCGUCCACCUCGAGGCAUCAUUCCAGGGCGUCCCAUCAAUUGUUGCUGCAUCCGAGCGACGCCAGUGACUUUGGCAGACCUAUGUCGUAUAGAACCGCGGCGGAGUUAAACGUGGAGAACGGCACUUCGAUACGACAACAAACGAAGAGUUGGAGAGCUGAGCACAAAGCUGCGAGGACGCUCGGAAUAAUAAUGGGCGCAUUCCUUCUUUGUUGGCUGCCAUUUUUCCUUUGGUAUCUAACCACGUCCUUGUGCGGCGAGGCCUGCUACUGUCCAGACACGGUGGUGUCCGUCCUAUUCUGGAUAGGUUACUUCAACAGCGCCCUGAACCCGCUUAUUUACGCGUACUUCAACCGCGACUUCCGCGAGGCCUUUAAGGACACGCUGAAGAGCGCCCUCCCCUGUUGCGCCAGNUGUUGGAAAACACCGUCGCAAUUCGUCUAGCGCGAAAAACCCCCGUGAAUAAUCGCGUCGAGC